GUGACGUUUUGACACAACGGAUGAUUGACAUCAAUAUUUUUAUAAAAAAUAAUGUACUAUAUUUCAAAAUUCUGUCGAAUAUGCAUUCAGACAGGUGUAAAAUUAUUAGAUCUCGACACUUUAGAUUUCGACGAGGUCAAGUUAAGUGAAAAACUCGAAGUUUGCACUAGAAUGGUUGUCAAUAGAGAAAGUCUGUCAAGGGAGAUCUGUGUGCACUGCAUAACCAAGCUAAGGAUAUCCUACCAGUUCCAUGAUAUGUGUAAAAAGUCUACAAAAACACUUCAGGGAUAUUUAGAAGCCCUGCUUUGUGCGACUGAUGAAAAUAUAACUCCAAAAAAUUUUGUUAAAACAGAAUUAAAUGUUGUCGUUACACCACUCUCCGGAUUUGUCAAUGAUGCUCAUAACUGCAACAGCUUCGAUAAUAAUCAUAUGCAGACACAUCGAGAGAAAAGGAAAAGGAUUACCAAAGAGCAACGUUGUUCGCUUCUAAAGCGUCUUCUUACACCUACAGAAAAGUUCAAGAAAGAAAGAGACAAGUAUGUGUAUGACCCUUCUUUAGUCUGCAGCAAUUACAAGGGAGGAUUGAAAAAUAUAAUUCAUUUUACAAAGAAUUAUGAAUUUGGUAUAAAAGUAGAUAAAAACUCGAAUUACGAACCCACUCCGUUAGACAAAUUAAAAGUGUUUUCGAAUGAAUUCUUUAGAAAAGAUUUCUCAGAAUUUAAGAAUACAAUUUUAUACAUAAUUGAGAAUAAAGAUAAUUUAUAUGAAAGUUGUGAUAGUGAUGAGGACGAUUUCUUUAAUCCUCCCCUAGAGGAAGAGGACACGAAAGAAAACCUAGUUAAGUUUGAGGAGGUGAUCGUGGAGCCAGAUAUUAAAAUAAAAACCGAGAUGGAUUUUGAGGAGGAUGGGGAAUAUCUGUACGACCCAUACGUUGAAGUUGAAUGUAAGAAAGAGGAAGAGCAGAACUCCAUAAAUCAUUAUUAUCCGACCAUAUCUCGUUCGUUGUCGGGCAGUUUUAGUGGUUUUACAAGAAGUUGUCCAAGUAAUUCUUCUAUACAAUUACUAGAUAAUUUGGUGGGCGGUUAUCAUCAGAACCCGCGAAGGACGUUUUCUCAGAGUAACUUUCGAUGCAGAACGCGUGACAACCCCUAUAUUAACCCCGCGUUAAAAAACCAAUUUUUGUAUAGGAGUUUCAAGUGCGAAAAAUGCAAUAGGUAUUUUAAAAGUCCCGGCUAUCUGAAGGCGCAUUAUUCAAAAGUACAUUAGUGUUAGCAAAUUGAACUUUGCUGUUUCAUCUUUGUAUGUAGUCGUCAGUCGGAUGCUGGAUUGAAGUUAACAAUACCAUUAUCUCUUUAGAUGGUUGAUGUAUUAAAGUUUUAAAAUAUCUCAGCAUGUAUUUUGAACAUGACAAAACUUAGCUUUCUGAUCUGUGAUUGUUUAUAUUUAUGAUUGUUUGAUAAAGGCUUUAACCCAGCAUUAUUUUAAACCGAAUUUAUAAAUGUAUGUAGUUGAAUAUGAAAAUGUUAUAUCAUGAAAUUAUUCCAAAUAUAUUGUUGUUGGAAAAUGUAACUCUAUAAGUUAGAGUGAAAAAAUCGUACUUGUUUUCUAUUUUCGUGAUAUUUUUGAUAUUACUGAAUUUAUUUUUAUCUAUAGCCUUUAAUUUAAUGUUCUAUUGUGACUAUAUAAGUAAAAUAUUUU